AAUAAUAACUCGGUUAGGUCUAGGUUUCUCCUAUAAAUUAAGCCUGUUUCUCUUAUUUCUCAAUACUACCUUCUGCGCGAUUCUCUUUGAAGAACGAAAAACUACGCCAUUUCCAAUUCCCUACAAGAACCCUAAUCCCUUUUCUUCGAACACUCAAGAUGCAAAUCUUCGUGAAAACCCUAACCGGUAAGACCAUCACUCUAGAGGUCGAGAGUUCGGAUACCAUAGACAAUGUCAAGGCUAAGAUCCAAGACAAGGAGGGGAUUCCCCCAGAUCAGCAGAGGCUGAUUUUCGCUGGAAAGCAGCUCGAAGACGGUCGCACCCUGGCCGACUAUAAUAUCCAAAAGGAAUCGACCCUCCAUUUGGUACUCCGUCUUCGUGGCGGUAUGCAAAUCUUCGUCAAAACUCUCACCGGAAAGACCAUCACUUUGGAGGUCGAGAGCUCGGACACCAUCGACAACGUGAAAGCUAAGAUUCAAGAUAAGGAGGGCAUUCCCCCAGACCAGCAGAGGUUGAUCUUCGCUGGAAAGCAACUUGAGGAUGGCCGGACACUCGCAGACUACAACAUCCAAAAGGAGUCGACCCUUCACUUGGUUCUCCGUCUUCGUGGAGGUAUGCAAAUCUUUGUCAAAACCCUCACUGGAAAAACCAUAACUUUGGAGGUGGAGAGCUCGGACACCAUUGACAAUGUGAAAGCCAAGAUUCAAGACAAGGAGGGCAUCCCCCCAGACCAGCAGCGGCUUAUCUUCGCUGGAAAGCAGCUUGAGGAUGGGAGGACUCUCGCUGAUUACAACAUUCAGAAGGAGUCUACCCUCCACUUGGUUCUCCGUCUUCGUGGUGGUAUGCAGAUUUUUGUUAAGACCCUUACCGGGAAAACAAUAACAUUGGAGGUUGAGAGCUCCGAUACUAUUGACAAUGUCAAGGCAAAGAUCCAAGAUAAGGAGGGUAUCCCUCCAGACCAGCAGAGACUUAUCUUUGCCGGAAAGCAACUCGAGGACGGAAGGACACUUGCCGAUUACAACAUACAAAAGGAGUCCACUCUCCAUCUAGUGCUUCGUCUCCGUGGUGGAAUGCAAAUUUUUGUGAAGACCCUUACGGGAAAAACCAUCACCCUCGAGGUCGAGAGCUCUGAUACAAUUGACAAUGUAAAGGCGAAAAUUCAAGACAAGGAGGGAAUUCCCCCGGACCAACAGAGGUUGAUUUUUGCUGGGAAGCAAUUGGAGGAUGGCAGGACUCUUGCGGAUUACAACAUCCAGAAGGAAUCAACCCUUCACCUUGUGCUGCGUCUGAGGGGUGGCAUGCAGAUCUUUGUUAAGACCUUGACUGGAAAGACCAUCACUUUGGAGGUGGAGAGCUCGGAUACCAUUGAUAAUGUCAAGGCAAAAAUUCAAGACAAAGAGGGCAUCCCACCGGACCAGCAGAGGUUAAUUUUCGCUGGGAAACAGUUGGAAGAUGGAAGGACUUUGGCUGACUAUAACAUUCAGAAGGAGUCCACUCUUCACCUUGUCCUCCGUCUUCGUGGUGGCUUUUAAAUCCGUUUAGCUAUUAUAUGUGGAUCUUGUCGUGUUCCUGGUUUUAAUAUGGAAGUACAUUUAUUAUUUGGUCGUAUAAAGACUAUCUAUUAUAUGUAGUAUUCAAACUUUUAUGUUACAGUAUGGUUUGGCCUCAUAGAGAGGUCUUUGAAUAAAAUUUAGUAUUUCGUGUUA